CUGACUCGAACGCACAACAGGUGGAUUUGAACAAGCCAACCGAGACCUGUCAGCAUCUAAAAGCCGUUGCCUUUGACAUUAUUCUCCGCCCCGUGAGUAACCAAAGCAAGAGAAGUCGCAGACGCUACAAUACGAGGCGCUAAUAGUUUUGUCUCCAGCAAUGCGUCCUAAUUGAAAAUGUUCAACUUGUUGAAUUCGCCGCUCAUAUUGAGAGUGUGUAACGUUACAGACACUGGAUGAGUUGUAAACUCUAGGGUUAGCCUACUUUACAUAUCGACUACCUUGUUUUUACGUUUUUUUAUGCAUGACCCUGCCUCGAUAUUUUUUUUAAAGAAAGGCCUAAUAUAGCCUAAAAUUCGUUUAGAUUUUGAAUAUUGUUCACCCGGAUUACAAUGCCUACCAAGCAAGGAUCAAUGAUGGACCUGCACUUGGAAUACGUGAAAAUUAAAGCGCAUUACGACGGGGACAUGCUGAUCUCUGACCUGGAUUCCUCGAUGACCUACCUGGACCUGUGCGAUGAGGUCAGACUGAUGUGCAGCCUGCCCCAGCAGCUGCCCCUCACUCUCAAGUGGAUCGAUGAUGAAGGCGAUCCGUGCACCAUCUCUUCACAGAUGGAGCUGGAGGAAGCCUUUCGCCUCUACAGCCGCAACAGGAAGUCAGGACUCCUCCUUCACGUUUUCCCUGGCAUUCCAGAGAGGCCCGGCAUGCCAUGCCCCGGAGAAGACAAAUCGAUCUACCGCCGGGGCGCCAGAAGAUGGAGGAAGCUGUACAGAGUGAACGGGCACCUUUUCCAGGCCAAGCGAUUUAACAGGAAAGCGUACUGUGGCCACUGCAGUGAACGGAUAUGGGGGCUGGGGAGGCAGGGCUACAAGUGUAUCAACUGCAAGCUGCUUGUCCAUAAGCGUUGUCACAAACUUGUUCCUCUGACCUGCCAAAGGCAUAUGGAUCCAGUCAUGCCCUCACAGGAACCCCCAGUAGAUGAAAGAAAUGACGAAGUGGACCUCCCACCGGAAGACACGGAUGGAAUGCCAUUCCUGGCGCACAACCGCAAGGUGGACAAACCUGAGGACGACUCAGAGGACCUGAAGACGGUGGUGGACGGGAUCGACGGGAUAAAGAUCUCACAGGGGCUGGGGCUCGGAGACUUCGACCUGAUCCGGGUCAUCGGCCGCGGCAGCUACGCCAAGGUGCUCCUGGUCAGACUGAAGAAGAACGAGCAGAUCUACGCCAUGAAGGUGGUGAAGAAGGAACUGGUGCACGACGACGAGGAUAUUGACUGGGUCCAGACAGAGAAGCACGUAUUUGAGCAGGCAUCCAACAACCCUUUCUUGGUCGGCCUUCACUCUUGUUUCCAAACGGAGAGUCGGCUCUUCCUCGUGAUCGAGUACGUGAAUGGCGGCGAUCUGAUGUUCCACAUGCAGCGGCAAAGGAAGCUUCCAGAAGAACAUGCGCGAUUUUAUGCAGCUGAAAUUUGUAUUGCUUUGAACUUCCUUCAUGAGAAGGGCAUCAUCUACAGAGAUCUAAAGCUGGACAACGUCCUUCUGGAACACGAGGGACACAUCAAACUCACGGAUUACGGGAUGUGCAAGGAGGGUAUCAGACCUGGAGACACCACGAGUACGUUCUGUGGCACUCCUAACUACAUCGCCCCCGAGAUUCUACGAGGGGAAGACUAUGGGUUCAGUGUGGACUGGUGGGCCCUGGGGGUCCUAAUGUUUGAGAUGAUGGCUGGGAGAUCCCCCUUUGACAUCAUCACCGACAAUCCUGACAUGAACACAGAGGAGUACCUCUUCCAAGUCAUUCUAGAAAAGCCCAUUCGCAUUCCAAGGUCCCUGUCCGUGAAGGCCGCCAGCGUGCUGAAGGGCUUCCUGAAUAAGGAUCCGAAAGAGAGGCUGGGUUGCCAGGUCCAGACGGGGUUCACGGACAUCAAGUCUCACACGUUUUUUCGCAGCAUAGACUGGGACCAGCUGGAGAAGAAACAGGUGACUCCACCGUUCAAGCCGCAGAUGACCGAUGACUACGGCCUGGACAACUUCGACACUCAGUUUACCAACGAACCAGUGCAGCUAACGCCGGAUGAUGAGGACGCCAUUAAGAGAAUAGACCAAUCGGAGUUUGAAGGAUUUGAAUACAUUAACCCCAUGCUGGUGUCCACAGAAGAGUCUGUAUGAGUGAGUGGCCCGUCUCCUUUUAAACCUGCACUUCUGCAGAACCAUCUCGGCUGAACGAAUUCUCGCUGACUUUUUGUGGAGAGGAAGGAGAAAACUGGAAGAAUGGAAGAGAGAGAGAAAAAAAAAAAGAGAAAAAAACUCCUAAACUGCUUGCAUGCCAGGUUGAGGAGGUGGGGCAAGGCCUUUCUGAUGGAUACCCAUUACGUUAUUUCUGGGGGCACUCCGUGGAAGAGGUAUUAACAAAUGAUACAUUUUACAACAACAACAACAACAGCAGCCCAAGGUCGGUGGGUGGUAGUCUUCCACUAACCACUCUUACUUCGUGUUUUUAACCCUCGGUGUGGGUGUCCGUGCUCCUGGCUUUAUACCUGAAGAAAACGUUCAUUCAUUCUGUGCCUGCACCCUCAAUGGACUGAUAACAGUGUCUCUCAUCCCUGGGUAAAUAUGAUAGUUCUGCUCCAGAACUGGAAGUCAUGUGCACUUUUUUUCUUUGAUUUCGUCUGUUUUCUUGUUUGUUUUUUGUUUUUUUAAAAGACACUAGCCAUCUUGUUGGAGGCCCCUCCUCCAAGCGAAAAAGAAGAAUGUACAAUGCCGGAGGGAAAGAAAACAGCAGCGUGUAUUAUAAUGUAGUUAGCAAAUCCAAAUUGAUGAUGCCUUUUAAUGAUGCAAAAUGGCACGUUUUAUUUAUGACCACUUUGUUUGUUUCAGGUUUUUUGGGCAAAUUGCUGUCCUUCACCCAAAAAGGAGUUGCAUUUAACUGGCAGUUGUUGUUUUUUUUGUAGAAGUUUUUUCUUUUUUUAAGAAGUGCCUCUUAAAAUCUAAUAUGUAUUUUCCACCAUAUUCCAGAUUUAGGUUAUGAAAUGAUGAAGUGGUUGGCUCUCUCCAUAAAGGAUAGCUGGUAUAGACUUUACACAACAGCUUGGAAGCCUCACCAGUAGCCAGUCUCUCCAUCUGAAUCCUCGCUUUUUUUUCUUUUCUUUUUUUUUUAAAAGAACACAUGGUUGACCAUGGCAGCCAAUCACAAUUCAAUCAGAAGUGUCAUUGAUCCGAUCUUUUUCCAAAUAUAAAGUAAAAAAAAAAAAAAUUAAAUGAACAAAAAAAAAAGAAUAUGCAGGCUUGUCGUUCGUAGAGGACGGAGAAUAUGAUGUACAUUACACCUGGAUAACAGUGUCUGCAACAUGACUUAACAAAUAAUAUAAUUAAUAAUUUAAGUAACUAUAAAGUAUGUAGAUAUUUAUUUUCUUUGAGGGUGUACCUAAUCAUAUAAUACAUGUUUGGUAAAUGCACAACUCCUUUGUACAAACAUGUGUGGAUGCCAGUAUCAGGAGGCUUAUCGUGUUUUUAAAACAAAACUGCUCUGAUUUGUGGUUCUUCUCAGUUGACAACAGUGCAAUUCAGGCGAGACAUUGCACAUCAUGGGGGAAUUACACUAGCUACAAUUCCUACACCAUUCUCUUUCUCACGCUGAACACAGUGAACGGACAGUCGAUCGCUGACAUCGCCUUGGGGAGACAGUAUCUCUACUUAGUUCAUCCACAAGAAUUCUUGUCACACCAAAAAUUCAGAAGAGGUUCUGUACAGAUGAACACCUGCCAGGGGAUUACUUCCUAACCACACACACACAGACAAUACAAACGUGCACUCACAACAUACGGUACUGUAUGGACAGUACAUACACAACCACUCACACAUAACAGGCACACAACAGAUUAAACGAGUCUACUGAUGUGAUUUGUCAAAAUACAGAAAUAUUGUGACAUCUCAAUUGUGAAAAAAAAAAAAAAAACGAGCCUAACUUUUGAAGGUUGAAUUCGUCUUGGUUUCGCAUUCUUGAAGAAAGGAAUGAAGAUAAACUUCAAUGCAAAUUAAUUGAUUAAAUCUGACCUAUAUUAAUAGGAUAAGAAGUGCAAUUGGAUUAAUUAUAUCUUCCCCCAGUAAAACAGAGUCAAUUAGCUGCCAGGGCUACGCGACGGAGGAACAACAAAGGAGAAGGCAACGGAUAUGCACGGCGCGGAUGGAGACUAGCCGCAGAUUACACCACUGCGUUUUAAUUGCCUCGAUUAACCGCAUCCACUGGGGGGGAGGAGCCAGUCUCCAUUUCA